AUGACUGAACAUGUGACUGAACAGAUGGCUGAGCAGAUGGGCGUUAAUCCACAGGAUCCUUACGCUUUCAAUUACCUUCUAGAGAGAGACCUGGGCGCAAUCAAAGGGAACCAUAUCCCCUGCAGUCCCUUUCCAACCAUACCUGGAUACAGUUGCGAUGACAGCUUCUCUUACAAUGCCGAAGAUCUUUUAGACCCCUCAAGCCGAUUAUCCCAAAAGUAUCCCCAAGUGAGUCAAGUUCUUCGAGAACGCCUAGGGAUAGCAUUUUCCAAACGGAAUAACGACGAAUUCUCAAGGUCAUUUGGUGUCGCAUUUAUUGCACGCGAGAAAGGCGCUGCUGGUACUUCCCUAGAGGACCUUGAACAAUACGCAAUCAAAUCUCAAGCCCACACAACACAGUUGAUGGACGCAAUCAAAUAUUACAUCCCUACGAUGGCGCCAUUUAGUGAACCUAGCGGAAAGGAACGAUACAUCCCAGAAGAAGCCAUCCUUCUGAUCUAUCUCGACGAUAGCAAAAAUUUCCCGCGGCUCGACUCGGUCUAUACUCACGGUAUGCUAACAGCAAUCCUUAUGACUCCAUGUGUUGACCCUAGCUAUGAAGCUGUUUCAAUUAUUGAUGAGGCUCAUUUUAAUAGGGUCAAGUCGAAGGGUGCCAUACCGCGCAUCCGAAGGAGAUAUCCCCUGUUUCCAGCUUUUGAUGGCAGCUAUCUCAUGUCCACAACCAAAGAACCCCAACUGGGGGAAAUAGAAGGCUGUAAAGUCGCUUCCCAGUUUCUCCAAGCUAUGGUAGAGCUAGCUGAUAUGAAGGUUUGCCAUGGUGACAUAUCAGUGACAAAUUAUCUUAUGGACCAAAACCUCAACGUCCAACUAAUCGAUCUUGGAGCGGCCUACUUCUCGCUUGAGAAAUCAGGAUUCAGAAGAGACAUAGACAGCCAUAUCCCCUACCAGGAGUAUCAGAUGAUGCCUGAGAGAGCCAUCGAACUGGAGAAGUACGAUGCUUGGAGGGAUCCAUGCCAUGAUGAUGUCUCUAUUGAAAAAAUUCACAUGCCUAUAGAUAUGCAGGACAAGUCCAUGUGGAAAUAUUCAACCCUUGUUUACGGGUUUCUGCAUGGCUUCUGGCCCUGGGAUGAGCCUAAACCAGUGCCGAAAACUCAGGACUGGCAUGCUAGGUAUGAUGGUGUUUACAAUGAUCCAUUCUAUCCAGUGGUAAAAUGCAGACGCAAGAGAAUGAUUAACGAAGAUGUAGCGAUCAGCGAAUCACUCUCACAGGACUGCAGAGAUGUGUUACAAACCACAUUGUCCAGAGAAAAGUCCGACCGGCCAUCGUUGGAAGAGUUAUCGUCUUUUCCUUGGUUUUCUCACUGGUCUGCCGAAGAACUCGAGUCCGGUCGUUCUUUCAAAAGACCUUUUAUCAAGAAAUUCUAUGAUAAUAGCCGCCAUGAUGGUCGAAGGGGUUUUCCAUGGGCAAGUAUAUCAUCGAACGACGGCAUGUCAAUCCCCAUCCUUAACAGUCCUGGAUAUAAUACUUCUGAUUCCUCUGGAUAUUCUUCUGGGUAUUCUAGUUCUUCUAGUUCUUCUUCUUCUUAUUAUUCUACAUAUUCUGAUCAGCCUGAUGAUGGCGAAUAUGAGGAAGUAACUCCUCAAUACGAAGGCGAUUCAUCCCUUCAAGAGGCAUCCCCUUAA